AUGUGGUUCAUGCGGUAUGUGGCAGCAGCAGCAGUGAUGGGAGCCCCGCUUGUUCAUGCUGUGGAUAUUCGGCUGUACUGGGACAUGUUUGCUGCUGGUUGUGACGAUACCAGCUCAUAUUCCCAGUGCUCGAAUAUCGCGGCUGGGGUCUGUUGCUCCUAUACCAGCGGGGUUUUCGCAGUGAAAGGUAUUGGACUCGAUACCGUCGGGGUGCCUGAUCAAGUAUCAGCAUUUAUCGGCGCAACAGGCCAAUGUAAAAGCGCCUGUGACUCUAAAGGCGGAGACCAUACCGAAUGUGUUGAUUGCAGUUUCACUAUCCUGGGCGGAGGUGCUUGGUUCCACUUCAACUCGAAACGAGCAGCUAUGGAGACCACGCAUACAGUAAUGGCUGAUAUAAUCGGCUUGUAUGACACUUCCCUGGGCAGCCACCGCCACUUUAACAUAAGCUCCGGGGUGCCUGGCGACAUUAUUGCGGAAAUUGAUUCGGCUGCGAGGAACAACACUCGGGUCGAGGAUCUCAAUCCUGUCGUCCUACCGUAUGAGAUCCCUUGA